AUGGAAUUUUCUCCACUUUGUUGUAAUGAGUCUGAAGAUGAUGAUUAUAUUGAUAUAGAAAAGCUUACACCGCCUAAAAAAUCUGAUUCAUUAAAUCUUCAAGUUAAGAGUAAAGGAGGAGGAUCAAAUAUCGCAACCCACCCAGAAUUAAGAGAUUUAUAUGAAAAUUUGCAAGAACUCCAAAUAAUUUUAUGGGAGCUUCUUAUGAAGAUAUUGAAACAGAAAAUAAUUAUUGAGACUGAAGUAGAAGAUUUUCAUGAUGACUUUGAUGAUGAAAUAAAUAAUGAAGUUUUUUCAAAUGUAGAAAUUGAGAAAUUUAAAAAAAUUUACAAUAAUGAACCAAUUGAAGAAUCAGAAAUUAAUGAAUUAAAAGCUGAAAAUGAAAAAUUAAAAGAAAAAAAAGAGCAAGCAAAAAAUUAUAUUAUAAAUAUAUUUAAGAAAAGUUGUUGUAAUAAAAAUUGUUUAGAAGAAAUUGAUCAAGAAGUUGCUAUUUUAUGGUUUCAAAACUAUAUUAAUUUAACUAAAGAUCAACAGAAUAUGUUUCUUUUAAGAAUUAUUUCAACAUCAACUAGUGAAUAUUUGACAAUGGCAUAUGUAUUUGAUGGUGUAGCAAUAUGCAGUAGUGCUUUUUUUAAAUUAUAUGAUUUAUCAAAAAAUAGAUUAAUUGGUUUAAAAAAUCAUUAUAAAGAUAAUGAUAUUGUACCAAAAGUGCAUUUAAGCAAAGGAAAAAAGACCCACCCAGAAUUAAGAGAUUUAUAUGAAAAUUUACAAGAACUCCAAAAUAAUUUUAUGGGAGCUUCUUAUGAAGAUAUUGAAUCAGAAAAUAUUAUUGAGACUGCAGUAGAAGAUUUUCAUGAUGACUUUGAUGAUGAAAUAAAUAAUGAAGUUUUUUCAAAUGUAGAAAUUGAGAAAUUUAAAAAAAUUUACAAUAAUGAACCAAUUGAAGAAUCAGAAAUUAAUGAAUUAAAAGCUGAAAAUGAAAAAUUAAAAGAAAAAAAAGAGCAAGCAAAAAAUUAUAUUAUAAAUAUAUUUAAGAAAAGUUGUUGUAAUAAAAAUUGUUUAGAAGAAAUUGAUCAAGAAGUUGCUAUUUUAUGGUUUCAAAACUAUAUUAAUUUAACUAAAGAUCAACAGAAUAUGUUUCUUUUAAGAAUUAUUUCAACAUCAACUAGUGAAUAUUUGACAAUGGCAUAUGUAUUUGAUGGUGUAGCAAUAUGCAGUAGUGCUUUUUUUAAAUUAUAUGAUUUAUCAAAAAAUAGAUUAAUUGGUUUAAAAAAUCAUUAUAAAGAUAAUGAUAUUGUACCAAAAGUGCAUUUAAGCAAAGGAAAAAAGGUUUCUCAUAAUAAAUUCUCUUUUGAGACAAUAUUAAAAGUGCUUACUUUUUUAAAAAAUUAUGCAAAUUUGAAUGGUUUACCAUCACCAGAAUCUGGCCCGAAGGCCACCGAAAUCGAAAUUACUACAGAACCAAACCAAACAAUUAACAUUAACAAAAGGAAGAAAGGAAAAAACACAAACUAUAACAACAUGUUACAAAAGUCCAUUCACAAUAAUAAAUCAAAAAAUAAAAGACUCAAACAUUUCAAUGAAAAGGAAACUCACGAAGAAAAAAUAAAUUCAAGCGAAGAUGAAACAAGAAUGAAUCUUACAACCCACAAAGGGAGGACAGGAGAAGACCCAUUCUGGGGUACAUCCAACCCUAACUCAAAAAACCAAUUAUCCAACAUUUCCAAAAACUCUAACAAUCAAUUAAUAUCCAAGAUCUAUCAAGAUAAUCAAGAAAAUCAAACAGAUACAAACAAAAAUUCUGAAGAUACUAACAUAGAUAAUACAAUAUCAUCAGAAAUUACUGAUGAUUUAAUGUCAGAUAAUGAAACAAUUGAAGACAAUACCUCUAGCAUGGACACAAAUCAAGAAAAACAGAUCAAAAUUUAG